AUGUCCGCCCCCGCCGCCGACGCCCAGCAGCAGCAGCAGCAGCCCCCCGUUGCGCCCGCCGAGGAGCGCGCCCUCGCCCUCUUUGCGCGCUCGGCCCUCGACCUGUUCGACAUGUGGCCCGCCCUGCGGCUCGCCAUCUCGCACGGGUGGGGCGGCGACGGCAAGGAGGGCAAGACGGCCAUCGCCGAGGACGUCGUCGACCUCCUGAUGGAGCAGGGGAUCCCGCUCCCGGCCGCCGACGACGUCGCGGCGACGCUUCUGCACGUCGUCGGCAACGAGUUUGACGUCGAUCUCGAGGACGGCUCCGAGGUACUCGUCGCGCGCGACCUCGUCGCCCUGUGGCGCGAGUGCCUCGGACGCGACCGCGGCGGCGCGAGGUUCGAGGCGAGGCGCGAGGGCGGCGGCGACGAGGACGAGUCGAGCGACGAGGGGAGCGAGUUUGACGAGAGCGGGUCGGACGACGAGAUGGACGGGAUCGAGGAGGAGGAGCACGCGCCGCAGCUCGUCGAGACCCGGCCGAGGGAGGAGCCUGUCGUCGACGAGGACGGCUUCGAGCUCGUCCAGACGAAGAAGAAGGGCGGUCGCCGAUAGAAAAGGCGGAACGUGCGGGGCAAUCCAGCCUGCCUCUCUUUCUUUCUC